AUGUCGUUGAGCAGUAGUCAAGGCCGGGCGGCGACACCGGCAGAGUUGUCGUCGAAGCGGAGCAGUCGAAAGGAACUUAUCGACAACUCUCUUUAUCCUCCUUUCUUGAAACAGAUGGACGCAAAACUGCCAGGAUAUGUUCGAGAAGGUGACAUAGAAUAUCCGUUUGAAGAGACUAAUGGGGUGGGUGAUGAAAAUCGUAUUCGCGGCAAUUGGAGCACAAAAACGGACUACAUGUUGGCGGCCGUAGGAUUCACUUUUGGGAUAGGAAACCUUUGGCGAUUUCCAUUCCUAAUUUUUCAACACGGCGGUGUGGCGUUUUUUAUUCCAUACUUGAUAGUUCUUGUAGUCGCUGCACUGCCUAUGUUUUUUAUGGAGAUGGUCCUAGGGCAAUUCUCUUCGUUGGCUGCGAUUUCUGUAUGGAACGUAGUUCCGCUAUUCAAAGGUGUUGGUGUAGCUAUGGUGCUGAUAUCGUGCAUAAUAGCGAUUUACUUGAACAUCGUUUCCGCAUGGUCUCUGUUCUACUUUAUUAAUUCUAUUAGUUUCUCGUUACCGUGGUCGAACUGUGAGAACUCCUGGAGUGGAUUGAGUACCAAUCCACAGUCUAUACCUAGUCUUCGAUACUUUCAAAGUUCAUCCUUACUCCGUCCUGCCUGCCAAAUAGCUAACUAUUCGCUGAUUAUCAGGAGUUUCAGUGAAGACGUUUUGAUGUUGUCGACAGGAUUCACCGAAAUUGGCGCUCUUAACUGGCACCUAGGGAUAUGUGUGGUGCUGUCGUGGGUAGCUGUGUUUCUCUGCCUUUUUCAAGGCGUGAAGUCAAGCGGAAAGGUUGUUUAUGUAGUGGUAGUUCUGCCGUUCAUAAUAAUGAUCGUAUUACUCGCCCGAUUGUUGACCCUUGAAGGAUCAUUUGCUGCUCUCACGCACUUUCUCCGUCCUGAUUGGAGAGUGCUCAAAGACCUUACGGUGUGGGGUGAAGCUGCUGUGCAUGCCUUUUAUUCGGUUGCUUGUUGUACUGGAGGUCUAUACACGACUUCAAGCUAUAACCGAUUUCACAAUAAUCUUUUCAAAGUUGUUCGUCUUCUUUCAUUGCCUUUAUCCACUUUUUUCUGCAGAGAUCUAUGGAUAAUUCUCACGGUUGAUGUUAUAACGUCAAUAAUUUGUUGUGUACUGACAUUCUCUGCCAUCGGGUUUACAUGCUUUGAGUUUUCAAUUUCGCUGGAAAAGUUCCAUAUACGAGAUGGAGCGCACCUUGUUUUCGUAUUUUUGGCAGAGGCUUUAGCUGGUGUUCCAGUAGCGCCUCUGUACACCGGUUUGUUCUUCUUGAUGGUGGUGCUGAUCAUCCAUUCGACGCAGUUGUUUGUUGUAGAAACGAUCGUUACAUCUCUGUGUGAUGAGUUUCCAGAACGUCUACGGCGUAAUAGGCGUCACGUUCUAACGACCGUAUGUGCGGCUUUCAUGGUGGUCAGCAUACCAUUUUGUUUAUCGGCAGGGCUGUUUUGGCUGUUGCUGUUGGCGAAAUUCACGAUUACGUGGCCACUGGUGGUGAUCGCUUUCUUGGAGUGCAUGGCGAUAAGCUGG